AUGAAGUUGGGAAUUCGUGUAAUUUCAAGAGAUGUCAUCAAACCAUCUUCACCAAAAAUUCAUGAUCUAAAUCCAUACAAACUAUGCCUUUUUGAUCAACUCACUCCACACACUUACGUUCUGCUCAUCUUUUUCUACCCCCGAAAUGAAUCGAAUUCCAAUAUCAAUCAAACCUUGACCCGCCUUAAGAGCUCUCUCUCCGAAACCCUAAAUCUCUACCACCCGUUUUCCGGGAGGACAAAUGAUAACAUCUUUGUUGAUCGUUUUGAAGAAGGUGUACCGUUCAUUGAAACCCGAGUUGAUUGCACUCUCUCAAAGUUUCUUAAACAUCUUGAAAUUGAGUCAUUGGAUCAAUUCCUUCCAUGCAAACCCUUUUGCAAUGAAGAUUUGCGGAAGCCCUUGAAUUAUGUUCAAGUAAACGUAUUUGCUUGUGGUGGUAUUGCAUUGACAUGGUGUCUGUCACAUAAAAUCAUUGAUGGAGCUACCAUAUCUUCUUUUUUCCAUGCUUGGGCAGCCAUCUCUCGCGGCUUCAUCGAUCAAGCUCCUCAUCCUAAUCUCACACAAGCAUCGACAAUGUUCCCACCAGCCGAAUCGAUCCCACGACAUUAUCUCUCUCUAGUGGAUAAUCUAUGGUUCCGAAAAGGUAACUAUGUAACAAGGCUAUUUUUCUUCAAUUCACAUUCAAUAUCAAGACUCAAGGCUAAAAUCAAAGGCAUUGGCAACACUACACCAAGUGCUAAUCAAGCAUUGUGUGUGUUGCUUUGGAAAUAUUUUAUGAUUGCAUCAAGAGAAGUGUCAUCGACGCCAAAAUUAUCCGUUCUAGUCCAACCAGUCAACCUACGUCCAAGGACAAAUCCACCGAUGUCAAGUACCUCAACGGGGAAUAUCUUCCGCGGGGCGAUAGCAGUCUCUGAUCCAGCGGAGACCCACAUCGAGCUAGAGAAAUUGUUGAACAUAUUGACCGAAGCCAUCGCAAUCUACGACAGUGAUUACCUAGCAAGUCUACAAGGGCAUGGAGGGUUUGAAGUGAUUUCAGAGCGACUAAAACAACAACAACAGUUGGUGUCAUCGCUAGAUCCUGAGAUUUUGACCAUAACAAGUUGUAGAGGAUUUGGAUUCAACGAGGUGGAUUUUGGAUUUGGUAAGCCUGUUUGGCUUGGAGUUAUGGGAAAAGGUGGUCAAGCUUCUACAAACUUUGUCAUGUUACAUGACUCAAGAUAUGGUAAUGAUGGGAUUGAGGCAUGGGUGACAUUAGAUGAACCAAAGAUGAGGGUUUUGGAACAUGAUCAUGAGUUCUUGACUUUCGUUUCUCCAAAUCAUAAGUUAUCAAGCCUGUGA